UUUGCUUCAAAAGCAAUAUUUGUGACACUUGACAGCUGGCAAGAGUAAGAGCGACUCAGUGCUGCUGGAUGGUUGACUGAGCUGUGGGGAAACAUUUAAAUUCAGUAUUCACACUCCUUUGGCCUUAAGCCCUUACAUCUCAAGAGGUGCUGUGACCUAGUGGGAUGUCGCAGGGCGGUGCUGAUACCUGCCCCCAGGUGUUUGUGGUUGACAGCCAAGUUAGCCACAUCGCUAUCCCCAGUGUAAGGAAAUCAAGAUGGGCCAAAGAUGGUUGGAAGUUUAUUCUCUUACUGGUGGGAUUUUCCAUGCUGGGAAUGAUUACUGAGGGGGUUUUAAUCUACAAUCUUUACAAAAAAACUGAGGUAUUUAAUCUUUGUGGGACUCACCCUCUUUGCCACAACUUGUCCAAUGCUUCACCACUUGGGAAAAAUGAGGAUGGCACUAUAUCAAAGCAAGUAGGAUCUAAAGAGCACAAUUGGAUUCCCUCAUUGCAGACUCAGACACGACGGAGGCCUUUUGCACACUUGUUCGGCUCCAUUCAUGUCAGUGGGAAAGACAAUGUAGUACUAUGGGAAAACGCUGGUGAAUCCGUCAUUCAAAAUAUGACCCAUGACAAAGGUCUUUUAAUAGUCCAGCAGCCAGGUUACUACUACCUCUACUCCAAAUUGCAAUUAGAAUUUGUUAGGAACUGCUCACUUACUGAACACAAGGUCAUGAGAAACACCAGUGCCUACGGCAAACCUAUGGAACUCAUGAAGUCAAAAAACAAUCACUGCGGGAACACGAAUGGACCAAGUAAAGAGAGGAAAGAUCUGUUGAGCAGUUUCCUGGCUGGGAUUUUUGAGCUGCAGCAAGGGGAUAGGAUUUUUGUCACACUGGACAAAAUACAGAGCAUGCGUCUUGGACGUAAUGAAAACUUCAUAGGGGCCUUUAUGAUAUCUCCAUAGAAAAAUAUAGAAAUGUAUCUGGUUCACUUUGCUGGGCAUGCUCUGUGUUUUUGUGUACAAAACACAAAUUUUAAUACUGUACAUGAUGAAUGAAUUUCAGAAUUAUAUAAAACAACAAGUAGUUGUGAUCAGAUGUACCUGAUAUUCAGGUAAUACAAUGUUAACUGUUAUUUUAGCACAUAUUUUAUUAUUGGAAUAAAAUGUUGUUUCUUA